AUGCCGAUCAUGGCUUUGGCUGGCCGAUGCGUCACGACAGGCUUCAUGAUUAGCAUUGCAGCCUUGCUGUGUGCGCCCUUGUGGGGCUGGCUGCUGGAUCGACGCGGCGCCUACCCUGUCAUCCUCGGCGCCUGCUUUCUCUGUGCGAUUUCCGUGCUGCGAAUUGCCGGAAAGAGCUGCUACCCCAUAUGGCAUGCGCUGGCCACCUUGGUGCUGAACAUUCCCGAAGGCCUGCUUCUAGAUCGACUCAGCAUGGGCGUCUGCACUGUCUUUUGUGCGUAUGGCACCGUCGCCCUCUUGGUGUUCGGUCAGUCUUGUGGCCACUGCAGCUGUGGCGGCGGUACCAUUGCUUUUAAGGUUCGUGGUGCUGUAGCCUUUGCAUUGCUAGCAGUGUUUGACAGAUGCAGGGCUUGGGUUAUUUGUAACGAGAAUGUGGUUGGGCACAGGAUUUGGCAGCCACGGCGCAUGGGCGUGAUGCUCUGUGGCGCAAGUGCGGGGGUCCUGUUGCUUGCAACACCCAACCCUGGUCCUCUUGCACGCAUUGUGACGAUCCUGGCUACGACGGCUGCUUCAGCCUCGCUGAUGGCCGUUGAACCGUUGAUCAAGACCUGUGCCUCUGAUCUCUCCACCGACAACACGCAAGGAACCAGCUUCGGUGUCCUGGCGCUUCUAGCUGGAGCGGGAGAAGCCCUGGGCAGUAUUGCUUUUGCUCACAUGUAUGCGUCGGGUUCUACCAUCGAUGGGCAUGAGCAGACGCUCAGCUCCUUCCGACUGCUGGCCCUUGUGAGCUUGUCUGUGGGAAUCGGCUUGUAUCUGGCCACCGACUAUGCUGGGGCUCGAGUCACAGCCAGCGUGCCCGCCGCUCCAUCAAGUUUGCCACGAACGCCACGUUCGUUGGAUGACAAGCUGCACUGA